UAUUAGAAAAAAAAAAGAGAAAAAAUCGGAAAUUUCUCAUUGGGAAAUGCGAAGCUGGCGAUUUACAAUUACGGAGACUUGCACCGACGCUAACGAGCUUCAUCUUGAUCGAAUCAGGUACUAGUUUUUUGGCUUGGAGAGUUGCAACUAAUUAAUUGAUUCAGAAGCUGAGAUUAUAUAGCUAGGCAGUUUGUUGUGUUCCAUGCUCUGUUGAUGAUGCUGGGUAUUAGUGGCAAAGAACAAUGCAGCUUCCAUUGUGAUGAUUUUCCUAGAGUUUGAUCUUAGAAACGUUGCUGAAACUAACAUCAAUGGGUGUCAGCUAUAUAGCAUUUUCUGCGGCGUGUACAGUGUUGAGUUUUAUUGGUCUCCAGUUAUGGACUGAGCUAUCGAUAGAUAACCUGAGAUCAGAGAAAGUAAUUGGCGAAAAUCCUUUUCAGACAGAGAAUGCUGGCCGUGUCAUUGAUUUGCUCUUAAGUUCCUAUGUCACUGUAGGACUGCUGGCUAAUUUUGCACUUAAUGUGUUUGUUCUACUCAUGCUAUUUCUCAAGACCAUAUUUUUUGUUGAGCUGUAUUCAUCAGAAAGUCGGAAGCUGGUGGAACGUCUUGUUAAUUAUAUCAUUUACAAGGGAACAUUUCUUCCUCUGGUUGUUCCUCCAACAAAAUAUCAUGCUGCAUUGUGGUCUAUCUGGUUGGCUGUCUUAUGUUCAUUGAAGAUGUUUCAAGCAUUGGCUAGAGAUCGUCUUGAACGUCUGAAUGCAUCACCUUCUGCCACAUCAUGGACAUAUUUCCGUGUAUAUUCUGUAUUAUUGCUGGUCCUCUUUGUCGACCUUUCUGGGAUAAGAUUUUGUCUGAUGAUAUAUCGAACACUGGGUUUACCUCUGUUUCUCUUGUUGUUUUUUGAGCCUUUAAGCAUUGCUUUUGAGACAUUACAGGCAAUUUUGGUUCAUGGCUUUCAGUUGCUUGAUAUAUGGCUCCAUCAUUCAGCUGAAAACUGCUCAAAUUGUCAGAUCUCCAAGUUUUUUAACAUGACAAUAGCUGGUUCGUUGUGGGAAUUGAAAGGCAGUCUUAUCCGAAAUCUGGGAUUUUUCCUUGACAUGGCAACAUUACUAAUGGCACUUGGUCACUAUGUGCAUAUAUGGCGACUUCAUGGAAUGACAUUUAAUCUCGUGGAUGCAGUCCUUUUCUUGCACAUUCGUGCCUUAUUGAGUGCAAUAAUAAAGCGUAUUAGAGUUUUCAUGAAAUUGAUGAAAGCUUUAGGUGCUCUACACGCAGCUCUUCCUGAUGCAACACCUGAAGAACUGCAAGCAUACGAUGACGAAUGUGCUAUCUGCAGGGAACCUAUGGCCAAGGCUAAGAAGUUGAACUGCAACCACCUUUUUCAUCUUGCGUGCUUGAGAUCUUGGUUGGAUCAAGGUCUAAAUGAGUAUUAUUCAUGUCCUACUUGUCGAAAGCCACUUUUUGUAGGCCGACAAGAAAAUGAUGUAAAUCCUCAUGCAGGAGAAACUUUUAACGAUGAGCAGCUUGCUCGUCAGAUAAGUGCAGGAAUUAAUCGACAGAAUUCUGCUAUACCCACUCUUCCUGCCGGGAUUUUCCCCAAUCAAACACAGAAUACUGUUGAAGGCAGUCCUUGGAGAAGCACAAGUCUUGAUCCUAGUUGGUUGCAUGACUGGGCUAGCCAGAGCGUGGAUGGGGCUGGCCCAUCAAAUGCUGCUAGAUCUGCUGGAUUGGGUAGAGUUCAGAUGAUGAUGAGACAUCUUGCAUCUGUUGGGGAAACUUACGCGCAGACAUCCAUUGAAGAAUCUGCUUGGGGCCUUUGGCCUCUCAAUCCAUCGCAGGUUGUUGCUGGUGGUUCACAAGUUCCUCGGAGUGUUGUUGGAAGACAUCCUGGUAGUACGGGUGGUUUAAACAUGAAUGUGCCUCGUGCUUCAAAUGACAAUUUAGCCAAUAUACUCGCCAUGGCAGAGACAGUACGAGAAGUUCUGCCUCAUGUCCCUGAUGAGUUAAUUUUCCAGGAUUUACAGCGGACUAAUUCUGUCACAGUCACUGUGAAUAAUCUUCUUCAAAUGUGAUCGCCAUCCCAAUGGCAUUCUUGUUUGCUUGUGCGUCGUAUGAUAUUUUCAGAUCCUAUCCUUCCCAGGUAACUAAAGCUCAAGGAGAAGUUAGGUAAAGGUAAUCGUAUCGGUUAAAUUAACAGACAUCCGAUUUCUUCUCAUCUUUCUUUAUCUCUGCAUUUGAUCAUAAUUUUUUUCUCCUUUUAAAUAUUAAACAUAUAUAUAUGCUUGCUUUCAAGUAGCCAAUUGUAUCCAGCUCAGUUUCAAAAGAAAAAAAUGGUGUGAAUGUAAAACUCUCAUUUUUCUUCCCCGAGUUGCAGAUCGUAGAUCACUGCAUUCCCGACCCCGCCUCUCUCCCCGAACUACUUUGUGUAUUUAUCUGCAUCACUUAGCAAAAACCUCCAUAAUAAAUGAAGGAUUUGGCUAUUGUACAUAGUGAUGUACAUAUGGAUGGCUGUAUUUUGCUUUUAACUAUAUAAGCCAGUAGUGUCUCCAGUCAUCUCUUUGCAGCUUAGAGUUAUUGCAGCUUAGAGAUGGAAGGAUACAGAAUAAAAUGGCGCCUACUUGCGUUGCAGGUAUCAUUUAACAGAUGCAAUUUGGAUUAAAGUUCUGUAA